UGUUUUGUAGUCGUGAAUUUUACUCUGAAGCCCCAGACUCCAUAAGUAAGAUCUCUGAUUAAAGCAUGAGCGGCCAGCAGGAGGCGCUGCUGCAGGAGUGUCUGCGACGCGCGCUCAGCGGACCGAGGAGAGACACGCAGACCCCCCGCCGCGAGUCGUUUCCGGACGAUCUGAACACGCUUCUCCAGGAGGCCGCCGACAGAAAGUGGCCGUUCGUCGAGGAGAAAUGGCAGUACAAACAGUCUGUGACGUCUGAGGACAAAAUGAACUCUUCGGAUCUGAUCAGGAAGCAUCUGCCGCAGUUACUGGUGUUUCUCAGAGACAGCAUCGCGGCUGAUGAGCCGGAGUGGGCGGUCGCAGUGGUUUUCCUGGUUGACCGUCUUCUGUACUGGAUGGACGGCUCUCAUGUGCUGUUGAAGAUUGCUAAAGCGUUGCACAAACGUUAUCCGGACGUUCCCAUCGCCCCUCAGGUCAUCAUCAGACAGGCUCGAGUCUAUCUGAACACUGGUAAACUCCAGAAAGCAGAGGUCAUUCUCAGCAGUCUGAUCAGUAAUAAUGCUUCAACAGGCUCGUGGACGUAUCAGAAGGCCAGCGAUCAGACGCUAGUGCAAGCCGUCAGUCUUCAGGUGCGCGGACAAGUGCUGCAGACGCUCGGUCUGUGGCUUGAGGCUGCUGAACUCAUAUGGGCGUCUCUGAUCGGCUUUUACGCUCUUCCACAACCUGAUAAAAAGGGUAUUGGGACGUCUCUCGGGCUCCUGGCAAACAUACUGACCUCCAUGAAUGACCAAGACUUCACUGCUCUUCAGAAAAAGUCUCACAUUGACUUGAGUUUUCUUGGAGAGAGUCGCCAUCGUCUGCUGUCCGCGGCGCGAGCGGCUCAAAUGGCCGUAGUGUUCAGUCAGUACGGAUCUCUGUACGUUCUGACCAACGUGGUCGCCCAAGGCAUUUGUUUACUGUCUUACAGUUUCUCAAAAAAAUGCCCUGCGGAGGAUCAGCGGAUGUACCUCGUUUUAGCUAAGGAGGCCUUUGAGAUCGGCUUGCUAACAAAGACGACAGGAGACGUCGUCGCCAGCAAGCUGGAGUUACACACGUUCCUCAAAGCGGCUUACUGCUUAGCCACGACUCACAGAUGGAUGACCGGCCCGUCCGAGAUGGUCAUCUCAGCCAUGAGCGCCUGUCGGGAAGCCAUGACUGUAUUUGUUGACUACUGCACUAAAGCAGAUUCAACUUUGUGUACUGAGAUCAUGGCGAAGAUACAGCAGAUUAAGUUGCUGUUGAAGGUAGAAACGUUUCGUAAUUCUGAUCCCCGCUCUUUUAUUCCCGACAGCUACCGUUCAAUGGAGUUCGGGUCUGUUUCGUUCACGCUCAGUGAUUUUGUGAAGGCAUUGGACGUUUUUGGAAAGCACCACAAGUCUGUUUGUGAGGCAUUCGAGAAAGGCAUUGGAAGUGGUUCAUGCUCAACUCAUGCACAAUGUAUAACGGCGUUUCAGACAGACACGGAUGUUCUCCCAACAGAGUUCCCGAAACCGCCGGAUCAUGGAGCAGAUCUGUUUUCCUCCAAGAGGAAUCCAUCUAGCAAUGGAUCAUCAUUGGUUUUGGUUGAUCAUAGCUGUCAUACUGUCGAUGAGCAAAGCAGCACUGGAUCUUAUGAGUUGGUUGAUGACUUCAGCAAUGGGAGUCAAGAAGCAAACAUCAUCAACCCGAGCAAUCAAAGUAGCACCAGUCCAUCCGUUCCCAACAUCUUUAGAAACAAUAAAGAAAACCAAUGUCAAGGCCAAGCCAUGCAAGAGCUCGCCACAACUGAAGAUGUUGAGAUCAACCCAUCAGAAAUGCCAAGUAUCCGAUGGAGAGACAAUCUGGAUGCAAGAACGUCUUCCAGUUCCUUCAGCAGUGGGUCUUCAUGGGAACGUGUAUCAGGACAGUCUCAGAGUGGCAUAGAAACCGAGGAGGACGUUAUAGAUCCCUCUCAUGAUAGCAGCAAAAUCAAUAACGAUGCAAAGGUUGGCUGCACCAAAGGUGGAAGCACUUCCUCGUUUUCCCUCUGCGAUAGUUCUGCGUCAUCCUCUUCAUGGCAAAAACUAUCCUUAAGCCCCAUUGCUAAUGUAGAGCGACUUGAGUUAACACACAAGAAAGAAAGGACGGAACAGCAUCUUCAGGUCCCAAAUAAGAUUCAGGAAUGGCAAGAAACCACUCUGCCAUCCACCGAGAGUGACCCGUUUGAGGAACUGGGGUUUGAGCAUCUCUCAACACCUGAAAAGUGUCAGCCCGCCAAACCCUCGUCUACAGGAGACAACGCACCGCUGUGCAAGGACUGCUUCGAGAACUGCAUCAUGGGAAGUGAUGUCCUGACUGAGCGUGACUACAGAUCUCUUUUGGCUGGAGUUUGUCAACGCUGCCUUGUUGAGAGACUGCCGAACAAACCGCUGAAGCCUCUGGAGCCCAGACAACUGGAGCAGGCCUACGAUGCCAUCGUCCUGAAGUACUCGAAGGCUUCUGAUGUCUGGAUAGGCUCUGAAACCAGCGUGUACAUUGGGAAGCUGAUGGGUGUCCAGGGCAAACAGAGGCGAGCCAUCCAGGUGCUGUACCUGCACCAGGAACAACUGCUCAACAGCUAUGUAGGAAAGGAAUACCUGAAAGCUAAAGGGCUCCAUAUGCAUCUUGAUGACGUGGAGAGACAGAUGACUGCACAGUACUAUGUUACAGAGUUUAAUAAAUGCCUGUACGAUAAUAACGUCACAACCCAGAUCUUCUUCAUCCCGUCUGAAGUGCUGCUGGUUCUGGAGAAGGAUCGUAUUGUAACCUGCUUGUCUGCUGAGCCGUACAUGUCUGGGACAUUUGUAAAACUCACAAACAAUGCAAGAGAUACUGACAAGAAGCAUGACGCCACUAAAUACGGCAUCGCCUUUGGUCAUUUCAGCUACGAGUUCUCUGGUCGUCAGGAAGUGGUGGUGGAUCUGCAAGGAUGGAUAACGGCCAACGGGAAGGGCUUGACGUACCUGACCGACCCUCAGAUUCACUCGCUCUUGAAGUCCAGGUCUAGUAACUUUCAACAAAACGGGAUCGACAACUUCCUCCAACAUCAGCACGGAGACGAGUGCAACGAGAUCUGUGGAGCAGCCGGACUCGGACACAUCAGAUAAUACUUUCACAGUCAACAACUGGCCUAGGAUUCACACUCAUAUAACAUCUGCUGCUAUAAAAUCUGGAAUGAUGUAGUUAGACAAAUUGAUAGGCUAUAAAGAAAAGCGAUGUUUGUAUGAGAAAAGAGGAACUGACUAUUAUCUGACCACAAGGACCUUUGGAUUCUGUUGAUCCAGAAAUAUCUGGGUCACAUUGUGCCAGAGUCACAUGAUCGUCAUCAUUAAUGUCAUGUGACUGAAACCAGAUCAGCUCCAUUCCAGAGCUUCAAAACAAACCCUUGAUUAGAGACAUGCACAACACAGGUUUAGUUUAGA